AUGGAGAGAGAGAGAGUGAGGUGAGAGGUUAGAUACUUGGCUUGCCUGCACUCAGAUAAGAGGAAACUGAGAUCUGCCACACAUUACAGACAUUACAGAAAGAGAGGUGUCAGCUGGUGUUCUGAGCUUGGUUAGGAGGCUGAAAGUCGACUCUAUUGAGAGGAUAGUGUUAGCAGUAUAGUAGUGUGGAGUGGUCCACAGCCAUGGAACAGGAAAAACUAGCCGUGUACCACAGAGCCAUCAGCAGAGAGGAGGGGGAGAUGAGGCUGUGGACAGCAGGACGGGACGGCAGCUACCUGAUACGCAACAGUGAGAGUCUAGCUGGGCUCUACUGCCUCUGUGUGCUGUAUAAAGGUUAUGUGUACACAUAUAGGCUGUCCCUGGAUGGUGGAGGCUCCUGGACAGCAGAGACUACUCCCGGUGUGGAGAAACGAUACUUUCGGAAAAUGAAGAACUUGAUAACAGCUUUCCAGAAACCAGGCCAAGGCAUUGCUACACCUCUCCUCUACCCCGUAACCAUGCAGAGUCACAUGCACCCUGUCACCACAGAGAAUCAUACACAGCCUGGCAACAUGAAAGCACACCCUAGCAGCCCGCCACAAACUCACACCACUGAGAAUCAUUACCAACAGUAGACAACAGCUUAGAGACACAGAGGGAGACAGACUACGCUAGAGACAGACAUUCUUGAUGUGGGCCUGUAUUCUUAUGUUGUCAUUGUGCCAGUCAUUAAUUUGAAAAUAGCAUUUGGUUUCAGUAUCAAAACUUCAAUGUGAUCCUUUAAAUCUCUUUACAUCUGUAGUAUCGAUGUUCUAUAUUGGUGUUUAAAAUGUGUUUGUAAGACAGUAUUGUUGCUAUAUUUGAUUACAACUCAACUACAUAGUUUCAUGUCAGCCGAUAAAUAGUAUGCUUUAUUUUUAAAGUCAAAUAAUUUCUAACUGACAAAGGAAAAUGUGUUACCAAUGCUAAUAAAUAAAUGCCAUUGGUUAAUA